ACCCCUUGGAUCAGCAUCAGUUUCAUUGUAGUACCAUCCGUUGGGUUCUUUUCAUCAUCAGUAUUGAUUUCUGCUCUUGCAGAUCUGACUCUGCAAAGCAAGGACAUGGGUGUCAUUUCUAGGAAGCUCUUCCCAGCAUGCGGGAAAAUGUGUGUAUGUUGCCCUGCUUUAAGGCCAAGAUCUCAACAUCCGGUUAAGCGUUACAAGAAACUGCUGUCUGAUAUAUUCCCGAAGUCCCCUGAUGGUCCUCCAAACGACAGGAAAAUUGAUAAGUUAUGUGAAUAUGCUGCAAAAAACCCUAUCCGAAUCCCAAAGAUCGCAAAAUAUCUUGAAGAAAGAUGCUACAAAGAGUUGCGAAAUGGGCGAAUCAAAUUCAUCAAUAUUGUUACAGUUGCUUACAAUAAGAUGCUCUGCAUGUGUAAAGAACAAAUGGUAUAUUUUUCUGGCAGUUUGCUGAAUGUUGUUAGUGAACUGCUAGAUAACUCUAAGCAAGAAUCUGUGCAGAUACUUGGAUGCCAAACCUUGACAAGGUUCAUCUAUAGUCAGGUAGAUGGAACUUACACUCAUGACAUAGAAAAAUAUGUUCAUAAAGUGUGUAAGCUGGCUGGCAAGAAUGGAGAACAUCAAAGGCAAUCUUUGAGGGCAUCAAGCUUACAGUGCCUUUCUGCCAUGGUUUGGUUCAUGGCUGAAUUUUCGUAUAUUUAUGCUGCUUUUAAUGAGAUAGUAAAUGCUACUUUAGAUAACUAUGAACUUGAUACGCAUGCUAGAUGUGACAAUCCAAGUGCGGAGACACAUCAUAACUCAGUAGAUGAAGUGGUUAAAUGUGAGGACAAAGAUGCAUUGGUCAGCAAUGAUGCUAGCCCUAGCUACUUGAUCACCAGGCCUCGACCAGAUAAGAAGGAUCCUUCUCUCUUGACAAGAGAAGAGAAUGAGAUGCCUAAAAUUUGGUCUCAAAUUUGCAUCCAAAGAAUGGUUGAACUGGCCAAGGAGAGUACAACAAUGCGCCAGGUGCUGGAUCCGAUGUUCAUCUACUUUGAUUCUAGACAGCAUUGGAAUCCUCGGGAAGGAUUGGCAGUGUCAGUUCUGUCUCAUAUGUCCUACUUGAUGGAGAGUUCUGGAAGUCAGUUGCUGCUUUUAGCUGCAGUAAUACGACAUCUGGACCACAAAAAUACUGUGCAUGAUCCCAAACUCCAAUCACAUAUUGUACAAGUAGCUGCUGCUUUAGCUAGGCAAAUUAGAUUACAAGGAGUGCUGGCAGAAAUCUCUUUUGUCAGUGACCUCUGCAGGCAUCUGAGGAAAAGUUUUCAAGCCACUCUUGAAUUAGCAGGAGAGCAACAGUCAAAUUUAAAUAUUAUACUUCAGAAUUCUAUUGAAGAUUGCUUACUUGAAAUAGCGAAAGGGAUUGGUGAUCCACGGCCUCUAUUUGACAUGAUGGCAAUAACACUGGAGAAUCUUUCAUCUUCUGGAAUUGUUGCUCGGGCAACCAUUGGAUCACUGAUGAUUCUUGCUCAAAUGAUUUCAUUAGUAUUAGAAUCUUCUCAUUCACAACAGGUAUUCCCAGAAGAACUUCUUGUCCAACUGAUGAAGGUGAUGCUGCAUCCAAAUGUGGAGGUCCGUGUUGGGGCACAUCAGAUAUUUUCAGCUCUUCUUAUUCCAAAUAAAUCUCACAAAAGAGUUUCUUCUCUGCUAUUUGGUUAUUCUUGUGAUCCAAGAACAUUGCAUUUCAACAAUGCAUCUGCAUUUGCAUAUAUACCUGCUCUACUUAAAAAGAUCAGGAGGGAAAAUGAUGGCACCAAAGUGGGAAAGAAUGGUUAUAAUGUCCAUGAAGAUUUUGGGAGAGACAAUGAGGAAGGAGACAAGAGACAUGCCCACUUCAGAAAAGAUUCUGCUAAUUCUUACACAUCUAGAGUUGACAGGAAAGGUGGAUCAACAAUGGCUGAAGGGGAACCAUAUAUCAUGAAGCGUACAGAGGACCAAAUUGUGCAGUUGCUGUCUGGCUUCUGGUUACAGGCCACCCUUCCUGACAAUUUACCUUCAAAUUUUGAAGCUAUCUCUCACUCUUUUGUGCUAACACUUAUUUCUUUGUGGACGAAGAACCUUGAUGGCAACCUGAUUGUCUGCCUCUUCCAGCUUCUCUUGUCUCUGAGGAAUGUAUCCUUGGACCUUAACAAUGGGGCACUACCUCCAGUAUGCCAGAGAUCAAUUCUUGUACUGUCUAUGGGCAUGUUGAUGUUUGCCGCUAAAAUAUAUCAUAUUUCUGAUUUGAUUGAUCUGCUUAAGUCUUUGAUGCCACUUGAUGUUGAUCCUUUUCUGGGCAUUAGUGAUGAUCUUCAAGUAUUUGUAAGGCCUGAUGCAGAUUUGAGAGGAUAUGGAUCUGCUACAGAUAAUAAAAUGGCAUCUUCUUUGCUCUUCGAGUUACGGGAUAAAAUAUCUGAAUCCAGUGAGGCUGUGAUGGAUAUCUUGGUUCAGAAGCUAUCUACCAUUACUGAGCUAGAGGAAGCCAUUCUCAGAAAGCAAUUAUUUGAACCAUUCACACCUGAUGAUGCAUUGAUGUUUGGCCCACAAUCCAUGCUUGACUUGGAACGCAAUCAAAUUAUUUCCUAUUCUAAGGAAUCACUUUCAUUUGAUGAGGAUAUUCUAGCUAGCUCGUUAGUGGAGGAUGAUGUGAAAAGUGAAGCAUCUGUUGCUGACCUCUCCCGCUUCAUUCCCAAAAUUCCUCCAUCACCUUCUAUCUCUCAUGUUAUUAGCAUUGGACAACUUCUAGAAUCGGCACUCGAGGUAGCUGGUCAAGUUGCAACAACACCUGUCUCUUCAUCAGGACUUCCAUAUAAUACCAUGGCUAGCCAAUGUGAAGCUCUCGGCACAGGGACAAGGAAGAAGCUCUCCAAUUGGUUGACCCCUGAAACUCCUCACAAAAGUAGUGCGGAUGAUAGACUUCUACCAGAAGUUCCAGCAGAUGAAUGCAUAGAAAUUAGAAGGAUAACAAGCAAUGGUUUGUCUACUAAAGGAGCUUUGGUGCCAGCAGAGCAAUGCUGUGCUAUCAGGUUGCCUCCUUCUAGCCCUUUCGACAACUUCCUCAAGGCAGCUGGGUGUUAGAAGAGCAGGAGUCUAAGAAAUCUUUGUUGUUUGUGUUGUAAAGCAUUAGCUGGUGUAUAUCUUUCUUUUUCUCAUAUAUAUUGUUUAUUUUUUUCACAGAAAAGAUUAAAAUCGAAAUUGCCUCAAUAUAUAUAAAGGUGAUGAAGAAUCUAUAUAUUCAAAUAUUCUUUCCAAAUUAUUGUAUAAAAGAAGGGUUGGUUU